GCUUGUCCUGGAGGAACCACCCCUUCAAGGCCGCGGGGUUUGGUUGCACACAGGCUGCAGUUUCAGUUUGUUUUAUUCACCAUUUUGAGUAGCUGAAGGUAAAAAAAAAAAAUUAAGAAUAUUUGCUUGAGGAGGAAAGGUCGCUGCCCUACUUUUAUUUUCCACGCACCAGCUCGGACGGCGGACUUGUGCGUCAACCCUAGCUCCCUUCGGUGCUUUGCAGAGCGGGAAUCUAUAUUUCUUUUUUUUUUUUUUUCCCCUGUGCUUUCUCUUCUUCCCCCCCCCCCCUUCCCCUCCUCCUUUUUCUUACAUCCGUAACCUCUACAGUAUUCCUGCAAAAUGUCAAGACCAGUGAGGAACAGGAAGGUGGUGAACUACUCACAAUUCAACGAGUCCGAUGCAGAUGAGGAGUACGGUGACAGUAAGCCUAAGAAGGUGCGCGCCACAGCCCCUCGUGAGCCCAAGCACAAGCGCUCAAAGAACUCACAGGAUGACAGUGAGGAGUCUGAUGACAAGCCAACAAAACCCAAAAAUGAUUCAGCAGAUGACUUUGGCAGCGAGGAAGAGGACAAUGACUUUGGAGAGGAGGAAGAAGAAGAUGGAGGAAGUGACUAUGAAGAGAAAAGAGGGAAGAAAGCAAAGAAGGCCAAGGUGGAGAAGCCCAGCAAGAGGGGGCCCAAAAGAAAACGGGCUGCAGAAGACAGCGAUGAUGAAAAGGAAGUGAGUCGAAAGCGUACAGUGCGUCAGGCCGCCUCCAAGGCCGUGUCCAAACAGAGAGAGAUCCUGCUGGGUGACGGAGGCAGCGAGGACGAGGAGCAUGAAGACCAAGAGGAAACUUAUGCGGACCCUGACGAGUCCGGCAGCGAUGAGGACUUCAUGGUGGAGGAUGAUGAUGACAGCGACUACGGUCGCUCCAAGAAGAGAGGCAAGAAGGUGAUUCGACGGGGACGGCCGGACAAGAAGGAGAAAAAGAGCCCCAAACCCCGACUAAAGGCCACAGUAACCCCCAGCCCAAUGAAAGGAAAGGGGAAGGGGCGCCCCAGUGCUGCCAAGGCCCUGGAGAAGAGCUCACCCAAAGAGGAGGAGGACGAGGAGCCAGAGAGUCCCCUGGAGGAAGAAGAGGAGGAGGCCGAGAAGAAGGAGACGUCCCCUGCCCCCAAGACGACAAAGGAGGCUGGAGGCGGCGAUGAGGAGGAGGAGGAGGAAGAGGAGGAGGACGGCUCAGAAGAGGAGGCACCGUCUGGAGAAGACUAGAAGAUGGUACCCACUGAAGCCCAUCCUCUGUCUCUCUCUCUCUCUCUCUCUCUCUCUCUGUCUCUUCUCAAUGUUUUUAUUUUUCUUCUGUUGCUCCACGUUCGAGGUUUUUUAUCCCCGUUUUAUUUUAUUUUUUUCUCCUGGUGGCCUGGCUCAAUGGUUUGGACUUGGUGUGCUUCUUCUUGGUCUGCUUCACCCCCUCUCCAACCAAGACAUUGUUCUCACGCGAUCAAACAGUGUCAGUGAGGAUUGUUGUUUUCCUUUUUCAACACCUGAGUCUCAGCAUUCAGCCGUACCCAGCCUCCUUUUUUUUUUUCCCAUCAUCUCCAUUCUGCAUCAUACUGUUAAACCUUUCCACAAACUCAGAGCUCGCAAACAUCCAUCCUGAUGGUGAUCAAACCAGUUUUUGCUUUCUCUUUUUCCCUCCUGUGAUAAUUGAGACAACUGCCAGACUAACAUUCUCCUGUUUUAUUUUCCUGACGACUACUGAGAGAAUUGUCCAGAGCGCCUCAGUAUCAGUAACGACCGCGCUGUAAACAUAAAGCGACAUGAACACACACACACACACACACACACACACACACGGCUUCAGCCUUCACUAUUUGGUACUUUAUGCUUUUAAACCAGCAUCAUGUUUUAACAGGGUGACAUUAGUUAGAUAACUGUUUGAAAUCUCUUCUUUCAGAUAAAACAAUGUCUUUUUAUUUAGUUUUUUUUUUUUUUAAAGCUCUCCCUCAUUGUUUCAUCUUUGUUCCCUGAACUGGUAUAUUGUGGCUUCGUGGAGAAUGAAAUAAAGCGUGUUAUUUUAAAAGGUAAUCCACUAGUAGCUGCUGCUUCGUAGGUCAGUUUGUAAACUUAAAGGUGUGGUCUGUAGAUUGUCUGAGUGGCGGUGGCUCACAUCUGAGUGCUCAUUACAGUUUGAACCGCCACUAUCACACCUUUAACAGCCGGCUUGUGUGUUUUUAUUUGACUUGUUUAAAUGUAUAUGCUUCAAGUAGGGGUACAUCCUGUAAGAGGGCUUGUUUUUUUUUUUCCUUCUCAGCCAAUCCGCUGCUUAUGUGAAACGGUUUCUGUUGUCAUAUGUUGGGCUGAAGCACCACUCUUAAUGACACUUUCUUUUUUUUUUUAACACACAAUCCCCCGCCUUCCUGCAUGGCUGCUUCUGAACAUUCAAUCCCUUGUGCCAGGCACCCCUAAAUUUGUCCUUUUUUUUCGUUUUUGUUUUUGA